AUGUGUCUUCUUUGUGAGAAAACUUUUAUAAAUGAUGCGAUGAAACCAGCUAAAAUGAAAGACCAUCUUGAGAGAGUUCAUUCUGAUAAAAAGGAUAAAGAUCUUGAUUUUUUUAAAACACUUAAAAGAAAAUUUGCAACACGACUAAAUAUAAAAAGUUUUAUGAAGCUGUCUGCUUCUUCUAUAAUUGAUAUUGAAGGAGGCUUAAUCGCUUCAUACAAGAUUUCGCUCAAUAUAGCAAAAAAGGGAAAACCACACACAACUGCAGAAGAUAUAGUUGUACCUGCAAUUAAAGAUGUCAUUGAAAAUGUAAUGAAAAAAGACUCCGUUGAUGUUUUAAAGUGCUUACCAUUAAGUGCGAAUUCAGUAAAACGGCGUAUUGACGAAAUGGCCGAAAACGUCGAAAAUAUAGUAGUUUCAGAGCUCAAAAAUUGCAAAUUUUCUAUUCAACUUGAUGAGUCUGUUUUUGGUGUUUCUUCUCUUCUUAUGGCUUACGUCAGAUAUUUUAGUAAAAGUAAAUGUCAAAUCAUUGAUGAAUUUUUAUUUGCUAAAUAUCUUGAAUGUGAUGGAAAAGGUCUGACAAUAUAUCGGAAUUUAGAAGAAUAUUUGAAUAAAUACGACAUUCCAAUUAACAAUAUAACAGCAGUAGCCACAGAUGGCGCACCUGCUAUGGUAGGCCGUUACCGAGGUUUUGCAACUUUUCUUAAAGAAAAAGUCCCUGGAAUACGUACUGUUCACUGUGUGUUGCAUAGAAACCACCUUGUAGCAAAAUAUCUCAGUCCAGAUUUGCAUAAUGCUUUACAGUUUUGUAUUAAAUCUAUUAAUCAAAUUAGAGCCCAUCCUCUUAAAUCGAGAUUGUUUUCCAAACUUUGUGAGAAAAAUGACGAAUUAACAAACCAGUUACUUUUACACACCGAAGUCAGAUGGUUGUCUAGAGGUGCAUGUUUACAAAGGCUCGUUGAGUUAUUUGAUUCUACGAUAGAAUUUCUUACCGAAAUAAAUUCUGUUCUAAGUGAUGAACUACAAAAACAUAAGAACCACAUUUUUUACUUAGCUGACUUAUUUGUAAAAUUCAAUGACGUUCAAUCAAGGCUUCAAGGUAAAGAUGUCACAAUUAUUCAAGCUCGGACAAUUCUUUUAGGCUUCCAAGUUAAAUUAAACUUGUUUAAAUCUUCAUUGUUACGUAAAGAUUUUCAGUACUUUCCAAAUCUAAGAAAAUUGCAAAUAACAGAAGAAGACUUGGAAAUAUAUACAAAUCAUCUUCAAAAAUUGAGCAAUGAUUUUAAAGUGCGUUUUGCAGAUUUAGAAAAUAUCGAUAUUCCAGAAUGGAUUAUGGCGCCAUUUUCUGCUCAGAUCGAAAACGUCGACAUCAACCUGCAAGAUGAACUUAUAGAAUUAUUAGAAGACCUUGAAGCAAAAACGCUUUUCAAAAAUUUAACUUUAAACAAUUUCUGGACGAAUGUAAACAUAACAAAAAAAUACACCAAACUUUGUGAUAUUGUAAAUCCUCUUUUGUUGGCAUUUCCAAGUUCAUAUAUGGUCGAAGCUGGUUUUAGCCAUGUUAAUUCCAUCUUAACCAAACAGAGAAAUAAGUUAAAUAUGGAACUUCGAGGCGAUUUAAGACUGAAGCUAACAAAUUUUGACCCAAAUAUUGCUAAUCUUGCGAAGGAACAUCAAGCUCACCCGUCUCACUGAUUGUGAGUUACAAAUAAAUGUAAAGUAUGG